AAAAUAUUUGAAAGGUUGGUCAACUUCUCCUCCGCGUAUUGGACUGUGCUUCACGUCGCACACACAGCCAGAGCGAGAUCCUUGACAAUGGCCCAGUUCGGACUGGAGAACGACAUCAGCAACACGCUCAAGCUGGACGUGCCCAUCACCAAUGCUCCGAUUGCCCGCUGGCAGAGGAAAGCUAGCUCGUCCAACGCGGCCGCCGGCGGCUUGUCCCCGGGCAGGCCUGCCAACGUCUCCCUGAACUCCUCCAAGACGCCCGGUAAGACGCCAGGGCGACGGAAAGUGACUCCAUCAAAGACUCUGCAGGGGGACCGCUUCAUUCCCGUUCGGCACGAAAAACAAAUGGAAGUGGCGAGUUUCUUGCUCUCCAAAGAGAAUCAGCCCAAGGAAGACAACGUUUCAGCGGUUUCAUUGGAACAGCAGAAGUCGUGGUCCGUCACGCUGAAUGGCUGCAACCUAGAAGAGGCCCGCAUCCUGCAGUUCAGUGGAAAACCAACAGUUAACCCAGAUGGCCAACACAACUCUAUGAAGUCUCUCUACAGUCACACAAUAACACCCAUGUCCAUCAAAAAGACACGAUACAUAUCUUCAACCGCCGACAGAAUUUUGGAUGCACCUGAGAUUCGGAAUGAUUUUUAUUUGAAUCUGAUGGACUGGAACAGCCGCAACAUUCUAGCAGUGGCUCUUCAAAACAGCGUGUACCUGUGGGACGCCACUCACGGAAACAUCAUCCACCUCAUGACUAUGGAGAACGAUGCAGACUACAUCAGCUCACUGUCCUGGACCAAGGAGGGCAGCUACCUGUCUGUUGGCACCAGUGACUGCACAGUCCAAUUGUGGGAUGUGGAACAAGAGAAAUGUCUUCGCAGUAUGACCAGCCACUCUGCACGAGUCUGCAGCUUGAGUUGGAAUAGCCACAUCCUUUCCAGCGGCAGCAGGUCGGGUCAGAUCCACCACCACGAUGUGAGGGUGGCGGAGCACCACAUCUUCACCUUGCAGGGCCACUCGCAGGAGGUGUGCGGGCUGAAGUGGUCGCCGGACGGCCGCUACCUGGCCAGCGGCGGCAACGACAACCUGGUAUGCGUCUGGCCCAGCGUGGCUCAGGGGGGCCGCGGGGACGCCAACCAGGCGCUGCACACCCUCGGUCUCCACAAGGGUGCAGUCAAGGCUUUGGCCUGGUGUCCUUGGCAAUCGGGCAUCCUGGCUUCGGGCGGCGGCACCACGGACUGUCACAUCCGUGUCUGGAACGUCAACAGCGGCUCCUGCCUCAGCUCGCUCAACACGCAGUCCCAGGUGUCUGCACUAGCAUUUGCUCCGAAUUACAAGGAACUGAUCUCCGCACACGGCUUCGCAAACCAUAACUUGGUCAUCUGGAAGUACCCGUCCAUGGCAAAAGUCUCAGAGCUCAACGGACACAGCGAGCGAGUCCUCAACAUCGCCAUGAGUCCGGACAGCUCCACGGUGGCUAGCCUGGCGGCGGACGAGACCAUGCGACUGUGGAAGAGCUUCGAGGUGGACCCUAAGAAAAAACCCAAAGACAAGAUGCCCCGAUCUCUUGGCUCGGCCUUCACUCAGUCUAUAAGAUGACUUUGGUUGAGUCGUUUGGAUUUGCAAUCAUUGUUUCUAGCCAGUCUUUUACUUUUUUUAAUCGGGUGUUAAAGUGCGUUUGGUCACUUGCCCUUCAUGCUGACCUUUUCACAGAUUAAUUUGAGUUAUUUUCUCUUUUCACCAUACAUGACAUGUUUUAAUGUAUUUGACAAUUAGCUUCUUGGCAUUGAUGCUGUUUUGCGUACAAUAUCUAACUUAUGAAUAAAGCUUUUUCCCAUUACAA